UGUCCUCGGCCUCUCCACCAAACUCACCACGCCCACAACCGUUUGGUCUCUUCACUGCCAGGCGGAAAUCUGCGCCAUUACUCUCGCUUCUUGCCGCUCCCGAACGACCCCGAUCCGCGUCUGGUGCUGGGCAUACUCAUCCACCGCCUGCGUUGUCAGAGUAUGGGUCUAUAGCUUCAAGACCGUCUCUUCAUACGCUUCACACGACUCGGAGUUUCCAGUUGUUGGAUCGUAGCGAGCAGCCAGUCAACUGGAAAAAGUACUAUGUCGAAGAUGAGACCCUCAAAAAGAUGAAAAAGAAAGUCAGAGCAUUUUACGAGCAACAGAACACCCUCAUCGAAAAGUUACAGGUCAUUGACCAAUUGUUGGCGAGCGAUUUCCCACAUGGUCUGAUUCACACCUACGACACCGGCAGCCCACGUCCUACAGACCUCGAGAAUCAGCCAUUACUAGGUGGUGACAGCCCCGAAGAGACCUCGAAACUUACCUGGCUCGCGAUUAACGUCAACUUUGCCGCCAAUGUCUUCCUUCUCGCUGCCAAGGUCGUCGUCGCCCUGGCCACAAACUCCCUCUCCAUUUUGGCUUCGUUGGUGGAUUCAUCCCUGGACUUCCUGUCAACAGUAAUCAUUUGGACAACCGCAAAAAUCAUCGAAAACCGCGACUGGAAAUCUCGGUAUCAGUUCCCUGUUGGACGUAACCGCUUGGAGCCAAUCGGUGUGCUCGUAUUCGCAGUCAUCAUGACUGUUGCGUUCUUCCAGGUCGCAGUACAAGCUGGACAUCGCCUACUAUUCGAGGAAAGUCGGGAGGUUGUGAGAUUGACAAACCUGAGUAUCGGGAUCAUGGCGAGUACGGUGUUGGUGAAGGGAUUGUGCUGGCUCUGGUGCAAAAACUUCAAGACGACGAGUGUGCAGGCAUUAGCACAAGAUGCCAUGAACGAUGUUGUGUUCAACUUCUUCUCGAUUGUCUUUCCCUUGGUCGGUGGCUUUUUCAGCGUCUGGUGGCUCGACUCCCUAGGCGCCAUCCUGAUCAGUUUGUACAUCGUUGUCGAGUGGUUACAGACUUCAGCAGAACACAUCCAGCGACUCAGUGGCAUGACUGCCGCGAUCGAGGACCAACAACAAAUCGUGUACCUCGCCGCUCGUUUCUCCAACCUGAUCCAAUACGUGACGAUGGUUAACGCAUACCAUGCUGGUGAUAAGCUCGUUGUUGAGGUGGAAAUUUGCUUGGAUCCCAAGACGAGUUUGAAGGAUGGACAUGAUCUUGGUGAAGCACUUCAGUGGAUGAUUGAGUGUUUGCCGAAUGUCGAGAGAGCUCAUGUUCAUCUUGACUAUUCUCAUAGUAGUCCGAUUGGGCAUAAGCCAAGAUAAUCUGAGGCGUGGGAAUAUGUCUGUGGCUACGAAAGCAUGUCAUUACAUAGC